GUUUUCCGAUUUUCAAAGAAAACGCAGUUACCCAACCAAAAAGGCAGCUCCAGGAUGCCGAAAAAUAAGAAGCAAGCAAGCUCCUCGGACUCCGAUUCGGGACCGGAAGAUCGUAACCCGGUAAAGAAGGCCAAGCCGUCGGAAGGUGGCAACAAAUCGGACUCCACGGACGAUGGAUGCAUCCAGCUCGACAAGAACCGCAAGAUUACGGUGCGCGAUUUCAAAGGAAAGGUGUACGUGGACAUUCGCGAGUUCUACGAGAAGGAUGGCAAGCAGAUGCCGGGCAAAAAGGGCAUCAGCCUGUCGGUUCCACAGUGGAAGAAGCUGCUCGAGUCGGCCGAUGAAGUCAACGAGAAGCUAAAGCAGUUCUAAGUUUCGGAUGCUGCGGAAGAGAGGGCAAAGACCGAGGCUGUUCCUUUUCUUUUGUUAAUAAAUUAAUACAUUCUUGGCCCACGCGACACUAACAGCGUGGGCUACAGUCAAA